UCAUAAGAAGCAUGGAACACAGCCACAAAAGUGCUUCCAUCUCACUUCUUUCACUUGUACUACUGUCCUGGAUUUUAUACCUUGAAACAGUUACACUUGUUUUCUGCAAUGCAGAUGUUAAUGUGGACUGCAUGAAUAUUGAGAAGAAAGCUCUUCUCAAACUCAAAGACGGCCUUACAGAUCCUUCUGACCGGCUUUCGUCUUGGGUAGGAGAGGAUUGCUGCAAAUGGAGAGGUGUAGGCUGCAACAACACAACUGGACGUGUGGAAAGCCUUAAUCUUCGCAACUCAUAUUCAGAUGAUUUGGACAGUGAUGUUGGUACACUUCAUGCUUUAGGAGGUGAGAUCAAUCCUUCUUUGCUUGAUUUGAAAGACAUUGUUUACUUGGAUUUGAGCAUGAAUAACUUUGGAGGUAUCAAACUUCCAAGUUUCAUUGGAUCACUAGAGAAAUUAAAAUAUCUCAAUAUAUCUCGUGCAUCUUUUGGUGGUGUCAUUCCACCCAAUCUUGGAAACCUUUCAAGAUUGCUCUAUCUUGAUCUCAGUUAUUACCUUGUUGAAGCAAUUGAGAAUGAUCUCAGAUGGCUUCCUAGUCUUUCUUCCUUAAAGUACCUUGACUUAGGAGGAGUGGACCUUACCAAGACUGCAAGCUAUUGGCUUCCCACUGUUAACAUGCUCCCUUCACUUGUUGAACUGCAUUUGUCCACUUGUGGACUUUCCAUUCUUCCUCCCACUCUUCCAUACAUUAACUUUACAUCCCUCUCGGUUCUUGAUCUCUCUAGCAAUGGUUUUAACUCCACCAUACCUCACUGGUUGUUCAAUCUGACUGAACUAGUCCACCUUGACCUAAAGUUUAAUAGUCUCCACGGAAUGCUUCCUGAAAGAUUUGGUAUGUUGACUUUUCUCAAGACACUUGAUUUGUCAGAGAAUUCAAACAUUGAAAGUCGGUUGCCAAGAAACUUGGGACUGUUAUGCAAUUUGCAGACACUAAAACUUAGUGUCAACAAAAUUAGUGGUGAGAUUACUGAGUUCCUAGACAGUUUGUCUGGAUGUGCAAACAUCACCUUAGAGACGUUGGAUUUAGGAUAUAACAAUCUGUCAGGAAAUCUGCCUAAUUCUUUGGGAUAUCUUAAAAGCUUAAGAUACCUCAAAUUGUGGUACAAUUCAUUUCAUGGCAGAAUCCCAGAAUCUAUUGGAAACUUGACAUCUUUGGAGAACUUAUACCUGACUAAGAAUCAGAUGAGUGGGGCCAUCCCAGAAAGUUUUGGGCAGCUCUCAUCGCUGGUUGCACUAGAAAUCAAUGAUAACAAAUGGGAAGGUGUCGUAACAGAAGCACAUUUUGUCAAACUCCGAAACUUAGAAGAGGUGUCAAUUAGAAAAGAUUCCUCAAACAUUUCCUUAAUUUUCAACAUAAGUUCUGACUGGAUACCUCCUUUUAAAUUGAGAUACUUGAGCAUCAGCUCAUGCCAACUGGGUCCGAAAUUUCCUACAUGGCUCAGAAAUCAGACUGAGCUGGUCAUAGUGGGACUCAUAAAUGCUAGAAUUUCAGACAUCAUACCAGAUUGGUUUUGGCAGUUGGAUUUGCUUUUAGAUGAUCUAGAUUUCUCUAAUAAUCAACUAAGUGGCAGGGUACCUAACUCCUUACGAUUCAGCUUGAGGGGCAUUGCUGAUUUGAGUUCAAACCACUUCGCUGGGCCUCUCCUGCUCUGGUCAUCAAACAUUUCUGGUCUGUAUCUCAAUGAUAAUCUAUUUUCAGGGCCAAUUCCUCACGACCUUGGUGAAGUGAUGCCUUUGGUAGAAGAUUUAGACAUCUCUAGGAACUCUCUCACUGGUAGGAUUCCACUGUCUAUUGGUAAUCUAAGCCGAUUAACAACCCUGGUUAUCUCAAAUAACCACUUGUCUGGUGAAGUUCCAAAUUUUUGGAACAGUCUGUCCGAAGUCUAUAUUGUAGAUAUGUCGAACAACGGUCUAUCAGGAGCAUUGCCAAUAUCCAUGGGUUUCCUUAGUACACUCAGAUUCUUGAUACUUUCAAACAACAAAUUCUCAGGCAAACUGCCUUUACUGAAAAACUGCACUGGCAUGAAGAGUCUUGAUCUUGGGGAGAAUAAGUUUUCUGGAAACAUUCCAGCCUGGAUAGGAGAAAGCAUGCUCUCCUUGUGGAUUUUACGCCUGAGUUCCAACUUAUUCACUGGACACAUUCCUUCACAGUUAUGUGGCCUUUCCAAUCUUCACAUACUGGACCUCUCAAACAAUGAUCUUGUUGGUCACAUUCCUCUCUGUGUGGGCAAUUUGAGUGGUUUGAAAAUAUCUGAAGCCACAGAUACAGAUACAGCAUUCCUUUACCAGGGAGAAUUGGAGGUAGUUUCAAAAGGAAGAGUGCUUCAAUAUGACACCAUCCUUUACCUUGUUAAUAGCCUAGACCUCUCAAACAAUAACUUAUCAGGAGAGCUUCCUGUGGAGCUAACAAGCCUUAUAAUGCUGGGAACCUUGAAUUUGUCCAUGAAUCAUCUCACAGGUAUAAUCCCUGAAAAGAUUGGGAACUUGAAAUCGAUAGAAACUCUUGAUCUUUCGAUGAACAAACUUUCGGGUUCCAUUCCACAGAGUAUGGUUUCUUUGACAUUUGUGACUCAUCUAAACCUGUCGCACAACAACUUAUCCGGGAAAAUCCCAACAAGCAACCAGUUCAACAGCUUGAUUGAUCCAUCAAUUUAUCAAGGCAAUGCUGGUCUUUGUGGCAGUCCGUUACCAACUCCUUGCCGAGACAAUGAAGAAACACCUCAGGUUCCAAGAGAAGAUGGAGAAGGAGAUGAUGGUAAAUCUGAAAAGGUAUGGUUAAUGAUCAGCAUAGCAAUAGGUUUCAUAUUGGGGUUCUGGGUGGUGGUUGGGAGUUUGGUCAUCAACAAGACUUGGAGAUAUGCCUAUUUUCGCUUCCUUGACAGAAUGAAGUAUGCUGUCCUUGAUUUUGUCUUAGCCAUUGGGAAAUGUUUGUGCAAAAGAUCAGGCAUAGAUGAAUUGUCCUAGUUUCCCUGUUUUAUUCAGCAACUAAGUAUGUAUUUUCCUUUCUUUUACAAAUUUGUAUAAUAAGAGCUUGUAUGCUUGCAAUAAACUCCAAUUUUUGCUUCAGCCAGCCACAAGUUGUACAUUAUUACCUGCA